AUUGGAGAUCUAUUUCAGGUGUUUGGUGCCGAGUGUCCAAAAGAGCUAAUCGCAUCAUCAUCUGACGAUCUGCUUCCAUUACUUUAUUCUAUAAUGGAAGAAAAGGCAUCAUGUCGCAAGAAAAGACUAGAUAUUAAUACGUUUGAUGAUGCAUUGCGUCUCAUCAAAGACGCUCAAAAUAUCAUAGUAUUGACUGGCGCUGGUUGCUCUGUAUCAUGUGGGAUUCCUGAUUUUAGAUCGAAAAAUGGGAUAUACUCUCGAUUGGAUGAAUUUGAGUUGGAAGAUCCUCAGCAGAUGUUUGAUAUCAAAUAUUUUCGGAUUCGACCAGAAACUUUCUAUUCGUUUGCCAAGGAAAUAUAUCCUAGCAAUUUCAAACCCUCUCCAUCUCACAUGUUCAUCAAACUCUUGGAAGAUAAAGGAAAGCUUUUACGCAACUAUACCCAAAAUAUUGACACAUUAGAAAAAACUGCCGGGAUAAAAAAUGUUGUGCAAUGUCAUGGCUCAUUCGCAACAGCAACGUGCAUUGUAUGCGGACACCAUGUUGCAGGAACAGAAAUUGAAGAUCAUAUAUUUGCACAAACCGUACCCACAUGUCCAAAAUGCCACGAAGAAAAUGAUGGCAUCAUGAAACCGGAUAUUGUAUUUUUUGGUGAAAAACUUCCUGAUGAAUUCAACCGCAUUUUUCAAGAGGAUCGAAAAAAGGCAGAUCUGCUGAUUGUAAUGGGGUCAUCGUUGAAAGUAUCACCUGUUGCCGAUGUUAAAGACCUUCUUCCGCAACAUAUUCCACAGAUUUUGAUUAAUUUGGAAGCGCUUCCACAUAUGCAACACUUUGAUAUCCAGCUUUUGGGAUAUUGCGACAAGAUUAUUGUAGAAAUUUGUAGAAAUUUAGGUUGG